CUGAAUUUAAAGCCACAUCACAUCGCGAUUCCCGUGCUACUCAUGCUCCUACUACUACUAUUCUUCCCAACCUUCCUUUCCUAGAUACCCAUUUGCUUAAUUUGUCGCGCGAGCAGCCAUCAGAGCUGUUGUUGAUUUGCGCCUAGCUCCCAUGCCGUUAUUAUUCCCAUAGCGGCGAUGCCAUUGCGAUGGCUGAGGCCGUCCCUGCGUACCUCAUAUAAGAGCAGGCCACCUUCUCACACACGACCAUGGCUAUAUAUAUUUCUAGUUGCUGCCUUCGUCGCAGUGGCCAAUGCUAUGCCCCCGCGGCGCAUUGCCGAGUUGCGUCAAGAGGCAGUUGACAUGUUCUACCAUGGAUACGACAACUACAUGAACAUUGCAUUUCCGGACGAUGAGCUUAGACCAGUCUCCUGCAAACCCUUGACACGAAGCAAUAAUCCGAGAAACAUAGACCUCAACGAUGCGCUUGGAAACUACUCGCUCACACUCAUUGACAGCUUGUCGACGCUGGCCAUUCUGGCUUCGGCACCCCCGGAUAAUGAACGAACCGGUCUCAACGCGCUCCACGACUUUCAAGACGGCAUUGCAUCGCUCAUUAUCCACUAUGGCGACGGCACAGAAGGGUCGUCCGGGCAGGGUCUCAAGGCGCGGGGCUUCGAUUUAGACAGCAAGGUCCAGGUCUUCGAGACAGUGAUUCGCGGUGUAGGAGGACUCCUUAGCGCUCACCUUUUUGCAAUCGGUGAGCUGCCUAUAAGAAACUACAAACCGCGAAGAGCUUCAAGUUGGCCUUGGAAGGCAGACGUGCCAGGCGAAGAAGCCCCAAUACUGUGGUCGAAUGGAUUCAAAUACGACGGGCAGUUACUACGCCUUGCCUUGGACUUGGCGCAACGAAUGCUCCCGGCAUUUUAUACCAAUACUGGAAUGCCGUAUCCCAGGGUCAACUUGCGACACGGCAUACCAUUUUAUCAUAGGUCCCCGUUGCACAAGGGCUCCGGGGCACGGGAGGGCGGCGCUGGUUCCAAUGAGGUCACCGAAACGUGCAGUGCUGGCGCAGGAAGCUUGGUCCUCGAGUUUACUGUGCUUAGCCGGUUAACUGGCGACCCUCGGUUCGAACAACUUGCUAAACGGGCGUUUUGGGCUGUGUGGUCUCAUCGGAGUCAGCUCAGCCUUCUCGGUGCGGGUAUUGACGCCGAGAAUGGAAAGUGGAUAGGACCAUAUGCUGGUAUUGGUGCAGGCACUGAUAGCUUCUUUGAAUAUGCAUUUAAGACUCACAUACUCACAUCUGGUCUUGCGCCACCAAAUACCACGGUUCCAGCUGGCAAGAGGUCGGAUACUUGGCUCGACCCGAAUACAAUUUUCAAACCUCUAACUUCUGAGGAGAAUGCCUCGGACAGUUUUCUGGAGGCCUGGAAAGAGGCGCACAGCGCUAUCAAGAGGCAUUUAUACAGCAGUACUCACCACCCUCACUAUGUUGUUGCACACCUUGCUACAGGGUCGCCGCAGACUUAUUGGAUAGAUAGUCUUGGUGCCUAUUACCCAGGCCUGUUGGCCAUAGCUGGUGAGAUAGACGAAGCUAUCGAAACCCAUUUACUUUACACGGCAUUGUGGACCAGAUACUCGGCGUUACCGGAGAGAUGGUCAGUGAGGGACGGAACCGUUGAGGGCGGGCUAGGUUGGUGGCCUGGCCGCCCGGAAUUUAUUGAGUCGAAUUACCAUAUAUUCCGUGCAACCCAAGAUCCGUGGUACCUUCAUGUUGGGGAGAUGGUAUUGAAAGAUAUCCAGCGACGCUGCUGGGCAGAGUGCGGAUGGUCUGGCUUGCAAGAUGUUCGCACUGGUGAGAUGAGUGAUAGGAUGGAAAGCUUCUUUCUGGGAGAGACAGCGAAGUAUCUUUACCUCCUCUUUGAUCCGGAUCAUCCUUUGAAUUCUCUCGACGCCCCCUACGUCUUCACCACAGAAGGCCAUCCUUUAAUCAUUCCACGAAAAUCAAGUCAGCAAAAGAACACACCAAAAGCGCCUAGGAGUUCUUCGGUAGAGUCUUAUACCUCGCCCGAGAAUGCCGAAGUUUGUCCUGUUCCGCCAACAAUGCAACCACUUACGGGGUCACCCACUGCUGCACGGCCAGAUAUCUUCCAUGCUGCGAGCUUAGUCGGGCUUCACCGUGUUCCGAAUUACAAUGCCAUGGAUGAAAUUGCUUUGGAUACUACAAAGGCGGUGGAGAAUCAAUGGUCACAACCAGCAAAUCAUUCAAUCUACCCCUGGACUCUGCCUUCAAGUCUCGUGCCUCCCAACGCGAUUUGCGCACGCUUACCUAUUCGAGACACGUUUUGGAUAGAAUUCCCAUCCAGCUCACAACUUGCAAGUCAGGGGUUCAAUAUAGCUGUGGGUUCUCAGCCCGUUGUCAGAGUGAACAACGAGGGCGUCCUCAUUCAGAACCUUGCUGGCCUUACGGUGGCGAUGAUCGAGGAAGAAAGUUCAGCACAAUUCAUCUACGAUGAAGGACCCGUUUCCAAGUCCUGGCGAAUCCUCAAUAUCGGCACAACCCCACUGGGUCGGGAUGAGAAGGUCUUCAUCUCUCGAGAAACGAUAGGGCCCAUCGUUGACCCAUCAUUUACCCGAGUCCGUGACCCUCUCACCGUCGACCUCGUCAUCCAGGUUGAGAACUCUCAGGUCAACAAAACAGACGGAAUGCCAUCAUCAAGGCUCCCCACAAGCGGCAAGAUCGAAGAAGCUCUUCACUCCGAAGCAGCACCCGAAUCCCUGCACCUCGAGGCGCUAGCAGACUUACCCUCAGACUACCGCACCAUGUUCUCCUCCCUCCUUCAACAAGUCACAUCAGCGCUCCGCGACCCCGUCGCAACGCUCCUACCCCAGCCUAAUGAGGAACCAAAAUAUCAACUCCUCUCCCUCCGCGCACAGUGUGCGGUUGGCACGGGCGCGGCACCAAUUCCCGCCGCGCCUGAAGCGCCCGACUCCAACGCCGUCUCCAACGACCCCCUAUCCUGGACGAGCAUCUACUUCGCCUCUCACAACUGCGACGGCAAGCUGCCUGACCGCGUGGUGCGCGCGUACAAUGUGAUCGUGAUGCGGCGAGGCGGGUGCAGUUUCAGUGAGAAGCUGGCGAAUGUGCCGGCCUUCUACCCUACCGCUGCGGGGCUACAGAUGGUGGUUAUGGUGAGCGAUGAUGAUGAUAAUGAGCUCAUCCGGCCGCUGCUGGAGGUGGUGCAGAAGACGCCAGCGGGGAUGAGGCGCGCGCAUGAGGUGCCGAUGGUGAUGGUUGGGGGAGGGGAGGCGACGUGGGGGGCGCUGAGGAGGGCGAGGAGUUUAGGGAUCAGGAGGAGAUAUUGGGUUGAGAGUGCGAAGGGGCUACGGGUGAAGAACCUGAUUGUGGUGUAGAUGAGGGAUGAUGCAUGUAAAUGUCACGGCAGCAACUAUGAUAUCUGUAGAAGAAGCGGGGGUUUGUAGAUACAGCACGAUUAACGGGCAAAAUGAAGCCGAUGGCCGGCGUUUUCGGCGAUAGUGUCGUAUAACGUAUAUAUGGAAUGAAAUAGACUAUGAUGGCG